GUGAAUCAUCAUUCAUCUAAUAAUGAAACAUAUCAAGAAAGAUUGGCACGAUUAGAAGGUGAUAAAGAGUCGCUCAUACUGCAGGUGAGUGUUCUUACAGACCAAGUGGAAGCUCAAGGAGAGAAAAUCCGGGACUUAGAAAUCUGUCUUGAGGGGCAUCAGUUGAAACUGAAUGCUACAGAAGAAAUGCUUCAACAGGAGUUGCUAAGUCGAACUUCACUAGAGACUCAGAAAUUAGAUCUAAUGGCUGAAGUUUCAGACCUGAAGAUUAAGCUGGUUGGUAUGGAAAAGGAGCAGAGUGAAUAUGAAGAGAAACAGAACAAAGCUGAGGGUUUGCUACAGGAACUCAGACACCUCAAAAUUAAAGUGGAAGAACUGGAAAAUGAAAGAAAUCAAUAUGAAUGGAAAUUAAAAGCAACUAAAGCUGAGAUAGCCCAACUUCAGGAACAAUUAGCUCUUAAAGAUGCAGAAAUAGAACGCUUACAAAGUCAGCUAUCCAGGACCUCAUCACAUAGCGAAGUGGCAGAAAGAGAUCAAGAAGUUCAAAGGUUGAAGAUAGGAAUGGAAUCGUUAUUGGCUGCAAAUGAAGAAAAGGACCGUCGAAUAGAAGAGCUGACACUGUUGCUGAGCCAGUACAGGAGAGUCAAAGAGAUAAUGAUUGCAGCUCACGGCUCUUCUGUCUCUGGGGGCAGUGAAGAGGAACUUGAGACAACUUUAAGGAAGUGGAAUCUUUUGACUAAUCCUCAAGGAGAAUUAUUGAAAACAGAGGCCUCUUCAGGAGAAUUGUCACCAGCUGUGCUCUCUCCGUCGCCUCACAAAGCCAUGGAAAUCAGGGCUCCCCAGAAAAAAAAGUCAAGUAGUUUGGAAGACCUGCAGAGCGAAGCCCUGGAAAAGUAUGUAGACGGAAAACCAGCACAGCCUGUUGUAGAACAAGAGAGUAAGCCGCUUCCGAAAGGCAGCAAGUACCAAACCUUGCCAGGGAAGCUGCCUCGACCACUGCAGAAUGGAGAGCAGGGAACAUGUAAUUCACCAGAUGGGUCUGGUGUGAAUGACACCGAGGACAGCAGCUUCCUGGGCCUGAGAGACACGGAGAACGUGGAUGGUACAGUGGUCUCAGAUGACCUUUCGCCUCUUUCUUCGGGAACGGAUUCAGGCCCACAAUCUCCAUUGUCUCCAGAAAACAGAAAGAGUCCAAAAGGGAUCAAGAAAAUCUGGGGAAGAAUAAGAAGAACUCAGUCAGGUAACUUCCCUGCAGACGACCUGGGGUUGGCAGAGUUUCGAAGAGGUGGUCUCCGUGCAACAGCUGGGCCUCGGCUGUCCAGGUCAAAGGAAACCAAAGGCCAGAAAAGUGACUACAAUGCUCCGUUCGCUCAGUGGAGCACUGAGAGAGUUUGUAACUGGCUUGAGGACUUCGGUCUUGGUCAGUACGUCAUCUUUGCACGGCAGUGGGUGACUUCAGGCCAUAUGCUGUUGACUGCGACACCCCAGGACAUGGAAAAGGAAAUGGGAAUAAAGCAUCCACUGCACAGGAAGAAACUAGUUUUGGCCAUUAAAUCAAUAAAUGCAAAACAAGAUGAGAAGUCUGCACAGCUUGAUCAUAUCUGGGUGACACGAUGGCUCGAUGACAUUGGUUUACCUCAGUACAAAGACCAGUUUCAUGAAGCCAGAGUGGAUGGGAGAAUGUUGCAGUACUUAACUGUGAAUGACCUUCUCUUUCUGAAAGUCACCAGUCAGCUGCAUCACCUGAGUAUUAAAUGUGCCAUUCAUGUGCUGCACAUCAAUGGUUUCAACCCCCACUGUCUGCGCAGGAGACCAGUUGAGGAGGUAAGAAAGAUUAUUAACGGCUCGCCUUCUGAAGUUGUUCAGUGGUCCAACCACAGAGUGAUGGAAUGGCUCAGAUCCGUCGACCUGGCAGAAUACGCACCGAACCUGCGAGGAAGCGGAGUGCACGGCGCCCUCAUUCUUCUCGAGCCUCGCUUCAACGGCGACACGCUGGCGAUGCUGCUGAAUAUUCCCCCUCAGAAGACGUUGCUGCGGCGGCACCUGACGACCAAUUUCAACGUAUUAAUUGGAGCAGAGGCUCAACAAGAAAAGAGAGAAAUAACGGAGUCCACAGCAUACACACCUCUGACCACCACCGCCAAAGUCCGGCCAAAAAAACUUGGAUUUUCACAUUUUGGAAACUUAAGGAAAAAGAAAUUUGAUGAAUCAACAGACUACAUUUGUCCUAUGGAUACAAACCCAGGUGCUACAAAUGGUUCUCAGAAGAACUACGGUGGAUAUAAAGGCCUUAGUCCCGUCACUGACAGGGAGCUGGAUCAGAUGGAACAUUCAGAAGGAACAGUAAUGCAAAUAGGGGCUCUUUCUCAAGGCAUAAGCCAUCUUACGGUAUGUACUAAUUCCAUUUCUUUUAAAGUAACAAAUGUAUUCUGCUGGAAUUCAAUGCAAGUAGGUCAUUGCUGGUGGUGGUGA